AAUAAUGCCCUCUUCCACCAUCGCGUCAACGAUCAAACGAUGCCGCGUUUCCCAAUGUAAGACAAAGAAACCCGAUAUCGGCCGUCGAUUCUUCUCUCUUGCACCGGAGAAGAGGAGAACGCUGGAACUGGAAGUUGCAAGAUCGUCGCAACGGAUAAGGCUUACAGCAGGCGGCCGGGGUCAAAAAGGCUGUGGAUUAUAUUCUAGAGUAGAGAGAGAGAGAGAGAGAGAGGAAGAGAGGACAUGAAUUUCCGGAGCCUGGAGGAGUUCUGGGCGUAUUAUGUGAGCCAGCACUCCAAGGCGUCGACCCGGCGGUGGCACUUCGGCGGCACCCUCUCCGCCCUCCUCUGCCUCCUCUCCUCCCUCCUCCUCCUCAAGCCGUGGCUCCUCCUCCUCGCGCCCUUGUGUGGUUACGGCCUCGCCUGGUACAGCCACGUCUUCGUGGAGCGCAACGCCCCCGCCACCUUCUCCCACCCUCUCUGGUCCCUCCUCUGCGACCUCAAGAUGUUCGGCCUCAUGCUCACCGGCCGGAUGGACCGCGAGAUCAAGCGCCUCGGCAAGAGGCCCGUCCUGCAGGCCUUCUGAUCGCCUUCUCUUCUUAGUAACCGUUUGCCACUCUAAUUGCUAUUGCUGUGACCCCUUCUUCCACCUGUAAUUAUUAUCACAUCCGGAUUCCCUGAUUAAUUUUAUGCGAUGGCGACGGCUCUUCUGGAACUGUGAUGCAUCGGUCUUCUGCAUAAAUCUUUCGGACGAAGUUUUCCCCCCCCCCGUUUUUUUUUUUUUUGCGUUUUCUCGCUGCUUUUGCAUCGAUUUAGUUUAGAUCUUAAUAAUUGGAUCUCCCCCCCAACCUCCUUUCCUUGCCCCAGUAACACAUGCCUUUGGUUCCUUCAUCUCUGGAGUGAAUUUUAAGUGCUUUGCAAGGAAAAUAGAAGUACCGGAUUCGAUCACAAACAAAGAAAAGCUCUUGCAUUACUUGUUAGUGUGGUGUCUCUUAGCAACCUUGCUGCGAUUGUUCCUGGAUCCUGUUCCAUUCUUUCUUACAGUAUCUGAGGUUGUCUUCCAUUCUUUUCCAGGAUUUUAUUAUUCUUUUGUCGAAUUGCAAAGCAUGACUGAAUGGAGAAAUAGAUCUUGACAAUGACUUAGGUCAGAAUAAUGGGUUCUUUGUUACAGAAAUAUAGUAUAAAGAGGAACUAAUUUACCAAAAAGAUCUAUCGAUUCCAGUAGGACGGAGCAGAACACAUUUAUUUCAAACUAUCACCAACUCUCAAAGGUAUUAUCGACUUAAUAAGAGUUGAUCAAUAAGGAAAGCGGAUUGUUGACAGAAUCAUAGUUUGUAUGUACUAGUCUUUGAGCAGAACUUCUCUUGAUGAUAUGAAAUUUUCUUAGCUUACUUUGGAUAUCUUGACA